GUUGAUGAAUUGGUCUUCUUGAAGAUCUGAAGGGAGAAACUUCGGCGCUGAUUCCCCGCCCCUCAGCUAAUGCUCUCACCUAGUCCAGCGGACCACAGCAGAUCGAGAGCGCCCUGUGCGAUAAAUCUGGAUGCCUAAACCUUUUAAACAAGUUGAUUUCUGAAACACUAGCGUCAGCCAUCUAAGUUCAUGCUUUGAUAUGUGAAUGGACGUAUGUACCUCGUUCAGCUGAGUGAACGAGAAAUGACUUCAUUCUUAAGGAAAAGCGUCUCAGGGAAUUUGUCCCUUGUGUACACCACACUGAUACCGAGGUCUGAGAAGGAAGUGAAUUUCAGCUGUCUCUUCAAUGAGGAGUUCAAGUAUAUUCUGCUACCUGUAUCAUACUCCCUAGUGUGUUUCCUGGGACUGAUACUUAACUCUGUGGCUCUGUGGAUGUUCAUCACUAAGAUGAGGCCCUGGAAACCCAGUACGGUUUAUAUGUUCCAUCUGGCCCUGUCGGACACGCUCUAUGUGCUCUCCUUGCCUAUGCUCAUAUACUACUACGCAAACCGCAGCCACUGGCCUUUUGGGGUUUUUCUCUGUAAGAUUGUGCGGUUUCUUUUCUAUGCUAACUUGUACUGCAGCAUCCUGUUUCUCACUUGCAUCAGUGUGCACCGCUACCUUGGUAUCUGUCACCCCAUUCGUGCUCUGACUUUGAUCAAGCCACGCCAUGCCCACAUGGUGUGUGGUUUUGUCUGGACUGCUGUGAUAGCCUGCCUGGUGCCCAAGCUGAUUUUUGUCAACACUUCUCAAAGAGGAAAUGACACUUUGUGUCACGACACCAGCCGCCCGGAUGAAUUUCACGACUAUGUUACCUACAACUCAGUGGUGAUGGUCCUGCUGUUUAUCCUGCCAUUUCUGGUCAUCAUGGUCUGCUACUGUUUAAUGGCACGGGCCCUUUGCCAACCCCGAAAGGGCCUGUCCCAAAGUCAACUGAGUUCAUCCCGGAAGAAGUCCAUUAAACUUAUCAUAGUGGUGCUGGUUGUGUUUGCGAUUUGCUUUGUACCCUUCCACAUCACCCGUUCGCUCUACUACUCCUACCGUAUUCUAGACGCAGAUUGCAGGUCCCUUAAUAUCAUCAACUUUGCUUAUAAAAUCACUCGCCCACUUGCUAGCAUGAACAGCUGUUUGGACCCCAUCCUCUACUUCCUGGCAGGGGAUCACUACCGCUCUAAACUCCUCAGAGCGUUCACUAGACAAACUCCGAACACUCGUUCUACCGCGUAUGUGCAUGAUAACAACAUCGGGCUGGCCUUUAAGAACCCAGAUGCCCAAGCUGGCACUGAGUCGAGACUCUAGAUUCACAUACCCAGACAUUUUGGGUAAUCUUUUAAAAAGCAGUUCUGGAAGACUGCUGCAAAUUUUGUAAAGACAUCCCAAGCAUUCUCUGUCAACAGACAUCAUUCUGCAGAUACGCAUCCAGAAGAAUUCAGGACAGUCUUGUAAACACUACAGCGUAGAUAAAAGUAAAGGAAUCUUUUUGCUUCCUUUGUGCACUCCUAAUGUUUUUUUUCAUUCAGUGUGAUUGCUGGUGCAGAGGAACUGCAGCUUGUUUUAUAAAAGCUCUGAUGGCCAAUCACUCCUGGUUACUUGUAAUGUUGAAGUUUCUCACUAUUGGUCAAGGAUACAGCUUGGCAGUGUUGGGGUUCUGUCAACACUGAAAACAAAACCUACUCUAUAUCCCAGAGAUGGACUCUGGCCUGUGACUGUUACUACAGAAAUGUCAGUAUAAAGCCUUUUGUGUGUUAUGUUAUGUGCGAAGGUCCUAUGGUAGGAAAUGAAAGUGUGAAUUCCUCCUGCAAAAAAGUAGGACUUUAGUUUUUAACUUGCAGUAUUUUAACCAAUGAAAGAAAUUAAUUUUGUAUUGAUUAUUA